AUGCUGCCCAAGUUGCCAUCCAAGGCUAGACCCCGAUGGGAUCAUUUGGGAUUUCGAGAGCAGGGCAGCGAUGUCGCCGACGAGAGGAUCAAAGCCCUGCAGGCCGAGAUAAAAGUCUUGGAGGAAGAGGAAGAAAUUUUGAAGAGAAAGCAAGAUGAGAUAUCGAACAUCGCCGGCAAGGAACGAGAUGACGCCAUUUCGAGGAAUAGGGCCAUACAACAACAGCUUAAAAAAGCCAAUGAUCCAGAUAUCGGCAGUCUCCAACGCAAUCUCGCUGACAGAUUCAAGGAGACAGAGUCAGCAUUGAAGCUCAUUCUUGACAGACUUGAAGUUGGCGAGAUUCAUCAAAAGAUGAAGGAGAUAUGGCAAGAACCAGGGAAACAGAGUCCUCUUGUGGUCCAGAAGAAAUUGUCACAAAGGAAAAGGAACAAAGAGGAGUUGACGCAAAAGAAAGCGACUAUCACACAAAGCGUGAAGCAGCUGGAGGCGGAGCUGAAGGCCCUUAACGCUCCCAAUCAGCCCGAGGAAGAAUCGAGUGAAUCGGAUUCGUGGGCCAGCAGCCGCAGCCGACCCAUGAGUCCAGAUAGGAAUUUGGACAUUGGUGAUGAGAAGAGUGCGAAGAGAGGGGAUGAAGGACGUGAAAAGGGCUCCCAAGCCAACGAGGGGGCUGAUACGGAAGAUGUAGCUCAUGAUUCUGGUGAAAAGAUGGCAGAAGAUGAAGUACUGGUUGAGCACGAAGAACCUGAAAGAGAUGCGACGAAAGGGGAUGUGAGGGAUGAGGCAAUUCAAGAGCUCAAGUAUCAACAAGAGCAACAAAAAGAGGCAGAAAAACUGGAACAGGUCAAAAAGGACAGUCGCAAGCAACGACAGAGGCUCGAGAAGAAAGAGGCAGAACUACACAAAGUUGAGAGGCUCAAGAAGAUAAACGAGGUCUCAACGAAGCUAGAUACUGAGAGGUUCAAGGAGGAGAGAUGCCAGCUCGAAAUAUCGACGCAGUAUCGUGAGAUAAAACGUCUGCAGAAGGAGCUGGAUGAGCUGAAAAGGGAACAGGACAAGAAGAAAGACGACAAAGAUGAAGAAAGUCAAGUCGAGAACGAUGGUGAAAUCUUGAAGCGGAAGGACACGCAAGAGUUUGAGGAGAUGGUCGAGCAGGAUGUGAGAGAAAAGGAACUCCGAGAGGUGAGGGACUUGGUUCUUUCAAAGAGAGCUCCCCACCCUGCGUUCCGCCGCGAGGAACGAGAACAUCGACUGGGGGUAGCACGGCGGGUACGAGAACGGAGACCUGUUUCAGUCCUUGGUCGUACGGACCGCCUGCAAGGCUUUGAUGCCUUGCCGAGAGGCAUGCGCGAGUUUCUUGAUCCCGAUGACUCGGACUCUACGAAUGAUGAGGCCGAGGAUCCUUCUCGCCAGAGAUUCUUGGAGUUGUUGGAAUUAAUGAUCAAAGGAACUGAAGAUCUCGAAGCCCAGAUCAGGAUGAUCUUGGAGCAUCGGGAAAAGAUGAGCCGAGCGGCAGACAUGAAGCAGAUACUCCAGUCAGAGAUGAGGUUGGAGAGGAGGUGGCUCGACCAUGUCAAGGUUCACAGCACUUUGGAAUCUGGUGGCAGCUGCUCAGACUCACUCAAGCACAAUCACCUCUCAGGCGAACGGGUCACAGACAAGAUCACCUACAAGGAUCUCGAGGGUGAAAGCUUCCGAGUGUUGAUCUUGCUACCAGCGCCUGAGCCUUACUACCCCCUGAUCUGCAAACUGGAUACCUGGCCCUUGAACGACCGCGGAGAGACGCGCCAAUACGCGGCCCUUUCGUACUUCUGGGGCUCGGAGGGUCACAAUGGGCGCAUUUAUUUCCUUGGAGACAACGACGAUGAACCAGGCGUGUCCAAUCCUGAUCGAUGGGGUUCAGCAGCAAGGAGAGCGACCUCUGUGCGCAUCCGCAACAACCUGUUCCGAGCUUUGUUACGUCUCCGAAGUCAUGGAAAAGGAGCUCAAAAGGUGGCCCUUUGGGUUGAUUUCUUAUGUAUCAACCAAGCAAACUCGGUCGAGAAAACCCAACAGCUGUCUCGGAUGGUCAACAUUUACAACAACGCAAGCAACGUCUGCAUAUGGUUGGGCGAGAGUGACCGUGACAAGAGAAGCGAUGAGGCCAUGGCCUUUAUACCUACUCUGAUGGACUUUGCAGUGUUUGACAGGCAUGCCAACGACCGGAAGCAGGCGAGAAAGUGGUAUGCCUUGGGAGAGCUGAUGAGAGACCGCUGGUUCUCGAGGCGCUGGAUUGUCCAGGAGAUUGCUCUGGCCAAGGACGCAACAGUACACUGUGGGGGAGCUAUAGUGCGUUGGUCUGAUUUUGCUGAUGCUGCUUCCCUCUUGGUCUCGAACCAGGACACUAUUAAGUCUCUAUUCGACUUCUCUGACUGGAGAGAGGGCCCCAACACUCUGGGAGACAUUGAAGCAUUUGGAGCUUCCAUUCUUCUCGAAGCAACAAACAAUUUGUUUCUAAGAAAGCACAACGGGGAGAUCAAGAGGCCCAUCAAGUCUAUUGAGUCGCUGGUGACUUCUCUCAAGACGUUCGACACGAGCGAUCAAAGAGACCUCAUCUACAGCCUCAAAUGCAUUGCUAGCGACACAUCCAGACAUUUGUGGCAACAUGACAAGGGCGGCCGCGACGAUCUUCCCGCCGACUACUCCAAGAGCGAGAUUGAAGUCUACAAGGACUUUACCGAGUUUUGUGUCAUGUCUUCCAACUCGCUAGACAUUAUCUGUCGUCCUUGGGCAAUGCCGGUGAAGGGAGGAAAGGCGCUGCCCUCUUGGAUACCUCUAUUAUCGAGCUCUGAGUUUGGCCUUCCUGACGAGAUUUACAGUGGACGCAAGAACGGAGAGGUUUUGGUUGGUCACGCUGGACAGCCAAAUUACGCGGCCGCAUCUCAAGAGCCAUGCAGGGUCCGAUUUGGCCGUGAGCCCCAAGAUACAAGCACAAGAGACAAAGGAGGUAAUGGCUCUGCACGAAGAGAGGUGCUAUGGGCACGAGGGUUCAGACUGGCCAAGAUUGAGGAUGUCUCGGCACGAAACACUGGGGGCGUUAUUACAAAAGAGUCUCUGGAUAUGGGAAAGUGGCCUGGAUUCGGAAAAGACACGGGCAGUGUCCCAGACCUUAUCUGGAGGACUCUGGUUGCUGACAGAAACCACAACGGCCAAGUGCCCCCGUCGUGGUAUCAGAGAGCCUGCCUGAGGUGUUUAGAGAUUGCUGAUGUUUUCAACAACGGAGACCUCAACAUUGGAGAGAUCCUGCAAGGGCACUCUGAGAUGCUCCGCAAGUAUCUCACGCGUGUCCGCAACGUGACGUGGAACAGGAGGUUCUUCACAGCGACUGUUCAGGACACCGAGUGGCCUCUUUUUGGUCUUUGCCCGCCAAAAUCCAGGGAGGGUGACUUUGUUUGUAUCCUGUACGGCUGCUCUGUGCCCGUGGUGAUGAGAGAGUCUGGUUCUGGACCCUAUAUGACAUUGAUUGGCGAAGCGUAUGUGCAUGGAAAGAUGGAUGGAGAAGCAUUGGAGGAUUUCGAGGAGAGGAAAACAUGGGGGCAAAACGGAGAAGUCAAGGAUGAAGAGUUUGCAAUAGUUUGA